AUUCUACUUCCGCCAUCACGCUUUGGUCGCGUAAUAGAUCUCCCACCGUCCCCCAUGGAAAAAGCACUCCAAGUUUUGAAAAAUGUUUUCAGACAUUCUUCCUUUCGAUUAUCCCAGGAAGCCGUAAUUCAACGCCUUCUUGUUGACAACAAAAAUGCUUUGGUACUUUUUCCGACCGGUGGAGGAAAGUCCUUGACAUAUCAAGUCCCAGCGCUCUGUCUAGAUGGAUUGACACUGGUGAUUUCGCCUCUGAUUGCGCUAAUGAAGGACCAAGUGGAUGCACUUCGUGAUCGCGGCGUCAAAGCUGCCAAUUUGGACAGCACGCUAGACGCGGAGGUAGCAAGAGUAGUGAAACACGACGUGAUUGCAAACAAAAUCAAGCUUCUAUAUGUCGCUCCAGAGAGGCUCAAUAAUGAAGGCUUCCUGGAAAUGAUGAAGCAUGUGAAGAUAUCCCUUCUUGCUGUGGACGAGUCGCAUUGUGUGUCUCAAUGGGGUCUAAGUUUCCGACCCGACUACCUCAAAGUUGCGCGUUUCGCCAAAGAAAUGGAUGUCGAGCGCGUUCUGUGCCUUACAGCAACGGCAACACCAAGCAUUGCGCGAGACAUUUGUGAACAAUUCUGCAUUGAUCCCAAAGCUGGACUGUUUGACACCCCAAUAUAUCGGCCAAACCUCUCCUUCCAGGUUGACGUUGCUGACAACUUUGCUCAAAAGAUCGAGCGUCUUGUUCCGUUCCUCAAGAAGAGGACUGGACCAGCUAUCAUCUAUGUGACGCUGCAAAAACAGGCACAGAAUAUUGCCAGUGAGCUCGCGAGGCGCAAAUUAGACGCUAUGGUAUAUCAUGCGGGACUCCCAAGUGAAGAGCGAGCCCGGAUACAACAACAAUUUAUGACUUCUGAGAAAGGAAUUGUGUGCGCCACGAUCGCUUUUGGUAUGGGAAUAGAUAAAGCUAAUAUCCGGCAGGUUGUUCAUCUCUAUAUGCCAAAGACGUUGGAGAAUUAUAGUCAGGAAGUGGGGAGAGCUGGUCGUGAUGGCCUUCCUUCUACUUGUUUGCUGUUCUUGUCUGCCCCUGACAUCCCUGUCCUUGAGGGUUUUUCUAGAGGAGAUACCUGCAAUAAGACAUCUCUGGAGCUUUGGAUGCAAGAAGUGGCUCUCAAAAGUCCCUCAACAGAUGAAACUCUUGAUUUCAAUCACUACCAACAGUCCAAGUCGUAUGACAUGAAGGCCUCGAUUCUUGGGUUAUGUUACGCCCAUCUAGAACUCCAGCACAAGUACAUUCGGGCGGUGACGCCGUUCUAUGAAAUCUAUGAUAUCACGUUUCGCGAUGCGGAUGGUAUGAAGCAAGUGAAGACCGACGCAUCCCCCGCAGCGAAAGCUAUCAGGGCUAAUUGGCAGUCCAAGGCGAGCGGGUUCCAGAUCAACAUGGUAGAAGCGGCUGAACGAUCCGGGUUAUCCAGAGAGUCAUUGGCGGGGCAGAUUUCCAUGUGGGAGAUCGGACAGCACAUUUCAACGAAACCGUCGCAAGUUCGAAUGCGUUAUCGUAUAGUGAACUCCUUUCCCACGGAGCUGUCCAAGAUCUCAGCCAUAGCCCAAGACAUCCACGCCGGGAUGGUUCAACGCGAGGAGGAAGGCAUACGAAAACUUCAAGAGGUGAUUGAAUUCGCCACUAAGCCCGAAUGCCUAGCUCACUCCCUCGCGACAUACUUUGGUCACGGUGACGCUGUCCCUAGCGGACGCUGCGGUCACUGCACUUUCUGCAAAACCGGUACCGGGGUCGUCUUCAGGCGAGGCGCCAACACUACUCCCGACUCUGCCCAGGUCCGGGCUAUUCUCAACGCAUGCCCAGAGCGGGACGACCCGUGGUUGCUCGCGCGUAUGGCUUUUGGGAUCACGUCGCCGAGGCUGACGGCGGGCAGAUGGAGCACAAGUCACCCGCUUUUUGGAAGCAUGGAGGAUGUGGACUUCAAUGCGCUCGUGGAAGCGUUUGAUGCGGAGUGUAAGAAAGUCGACUAUGUGAGCCUGACUGUGACAAAGACGACGCCGGCCCCGAAGAAGAGACCGACUAGUGCAAGGGGGAGGGGAAAAACAAGUAAGAGAGGAAGAUAUGACAACUAGGUUUGCAAUAGCUGGAUAAAUGAGGAAUGCUAAGCAUAGGAACUCUGUUCUGCUUUAUGGUCUACGUGAACGUCGACUUCCACUCUUAUUUUUGCUUCUCCGGCUAAGAUUUGCAUAGAAAUUAUAUUGGACUCUUUUCUUCUACGUUGCUUCAGUCCCUAUUACAACUUUACUAUAUCAAACCCGUAGACUUAUUCACCAUUAUACACCCUUUCCGGAGGAAUAUCUUCGAGAAGUGG